AGGUCCGCUGGGUCCGAAACGCCGGAGACAAGAGGAGGAGGAGGAAGGAGGAGUAGAGCCGAGAGAGAGAGAGAGAGAGAGAGAGAGAGGAAGAGAACACAGUCCAUAACAAACAGCAGCCUGAAGGGAAUAUGCUGACGAGACUCUCAGAACUAAGCUCUUUAGUGUAGCAGUGCAGAAAGUGUAGGUGUGUUAUGGAAUUUUAUUGGGAUGCGUGUUGGGAGCGCAGUUCCUGGCUACUCACUUUAAGUUCACAAGAUGGGAUCUCAUGGGGAAUCUGAACAUCAACCGACUCGCACGAUCGUCUGGAAUUUACCUUAAUAACUGUUGCUUUAGUUGUUUUCCUCUUUUAAGUGUAUUUAAUUAAAUCACCAGCUAUAGCUUAUCUUAAAUUGAACUAAAACUGGAAUCUCUCCACGGUCAUUUUUGACAAGUGAGAAUCAUGCAUCUGGGCAAAGCACUUUUGUUUUUCCUCCUCCUAAAUAGCGUGACCACGAUCUUCUCGCUGUCCACUUGCACCACCGUGGACAUUGACCACAUAAAGAAAAAGCGCGUGGAGGCGAUCCGGGGUCAGAUCCUGAGCAAGCUGCGCCUCACGAGUCCGCCUCAGGCUCUCGGACCCUCUCAGGUGCCAUACCCGGUGCUGGCGCUUUACAACAGCACCAAGGAGCUGAUCGAGGAACUGGGCCGAGAGCGACAGCAGAGCUGUGGGCAGGACAACACCGAGACAGAGUACUAUGCCAAGGAGAUACACAAGUUCAACAUGAUUCAGGGGCCGCCCGAUAACAAUGACCUGUUGUACUGUCCCAAAGGUAUAACAUCGAAAAUAUUCCGCUUCAACGUCUCAUCUAUGGAGAAAAAUUCCUCCAACCUGUUCCGAGCGGAGUUUCGUGCCCUGAGAGUUCCCAACUCCAGCGCCAGCAGGAACGAGCAGCGUAUUGAGCUCUAUCAGAUCAUUAAGCAGGAUGAGCAUAUCGCAAAGCAGCGGUAUAUUGGGGGAAAGAACGUCUUGACCAAAGGAACGGCUGAGUGGGUCUCUUUCGACGUUACGGAGACUGUUAGGGAGUGGCUCACACACAGAGAAACCAAUCUUGGCCUGGAGGUCAGUGUACACUGCCCCUGUCACACCUUUAAUCCUAACGGUGACAUCAUCGAGAACAAGAACGAAGUCCUGGAGGUCAAAUUCAAAGGUAUGGACGUAGAUCACUACGAGAACCGCUUGGAUCUUGGCCGACUCGGUAGGCAGAAGGAGCAACCCCUGCCACACCUUAUCCUGAUGAUGCUGCCUCCCCAUCGCCUGGACGUUCCGCCUACAUCCAGACGUCGCAAACGGGCGCUGGAUACCAACUACUGCUUCUCUAAUUAUGAGGAGAACUGCUGUGUUCGCCGUCUUUACAUCGAUUUCCGACAGGACUUGGGCUGGAGAUGGAUCCAUGAGCCUAAAGGGUACCACGCUAACUUCUGCUCAGGGCCAUGUCCUUACUUACGCAGCGCUGACACCACACACAGCUCGUUGCUGAGCCUGUACAACACUCUGAACCCAGAAGCCUCAGCUUCACCGUGCUGUGUGCCACAGGACCUCGAACCUCUAACCAUCCUCUACUACGUUGGACGAACACCAAAAGUGGAGCAACUUUCCAACAUGAUUGUCAAAUCCUGCAAGUGCAGUUGAGAGCUUCAGCACCAGUGGCAGAGGCCUUACCACCUUGGCAAGGAGAGGGAGGGUUAGAGGGGCCAGAACUGGACUUAAAAAUACCUCCAUGCUUCAUUCUACUCCACUUUCAGGCCCUGGAGCAUGACACUUUGAAGCACUACACUUCCUAUUAUGAGUUUUGUUCCAUGGUGGCUUUGCCAUCAAAUGCUACUCUGCCAACCCUCGGACCUCCACAUAGACCUUUCGGGUUGAUUCCCUACCCCCCCCACCCUUUUUUCCCCCACC